AUGGAUUUGUCAAGCAAUCACUUUCAUGGUCCAAUUCCAUCUUCUUUCUUCCAACAAGCUUGGAAUUUGACUAGUUUCAAUGUCAGCAACAACACCUUCUCUGGGCAUAUCCCAUCAUCUGUCUGUCUCCGAUUGCAUCCUUCCAUAAGAGUAUUGGAUUUUUCCUCCAAUGAAUUUAGUGGCAACAUUUCCCCUGGGUUCGGUGGGUGUUUCAAACUACAGAUUCUUCGUGCCGGUCACAAUAAUUUGUCAAAAUCACUUCCAAAAGAUAUCUAUAAUGCUACCAAACUUGAGGAACUUUCUUUACCUCUCAAUUCACUAAAUGGAGCCAUUAGUGAAAGAAUCGCCAACCUCGCCCACCUGACAAUCCUUGACCUCAACUCAAAUCAUUUGAAUGGUGUGCUCCCUCUCAAUUUUGGGAAGCUAUUCAAGUUAAAAUUCAUGAAUUUUGAUUUUAACAGCUUACAAGGUAAUAUGCCCCCAUCUUUGAUGAAUUGCACAAACCUUGUAGAACUACAUUUGGAAUCCAAUUAUUUGGAAGGCGACCUCACCAAGCUUAAUUUCUCCAAACUCAGUCGCCUUAGUAAACUUGACCUAUCUUGGAAUAACUUCACUGGUAUCUUUCCAAUAAGCCUUUACUCAUGCAGGUCCCUAAAAGCAAUUCGGUUGAGUGAAAAUCCUUAUCUAGAAGGACAAACACAACCUGAGAUUCUUUUGUUGAAAUCCUUGUCCUUUCUUUCGCUUGUUUAUGUACGGCUGACCAAUAUCACAGUGGCAAUGAAGAUAUUAAUGUGUUGCAAAAGUCUUCAUACACUCCUCCUUACCGGUUCAUUUGAUCGCGAGACAAUGCCAACUGUUGAUGACAUGAUUGAUUUUCAUGGAUUUCAGAAUCUCCGUGUCUUGAGUUUGGCUGGUUGUGGGCUCAAUGGUUAG